AUGGCCACCUUCAUCGACGACGAGGGGCAGUUCAUCGCCCUCGAGGCUCUCGUGAUCCAGUUGAAGUCAGGCGGGGCUGCCCAGCACCCUGCUUCGCAUAGCGCCUUCUUCAAGGCCCUGACCGAUGCCGACCUCCUCGGCAACCUGUCCAUCGAGCAGAUCCUCGACUACUGCAUCUCCAUCGCCGAGCACGCGUUCCCCUCCGGGUGGGCCGAUAUCGCCAGGGAGGCGUUGGCGCUUGGGAGGGCGCUGUGCAGGGUGGCCAUGAUAUGGGAGAACACACAAGAGGUCUUGCGUUUCGGUUCGUUUCGGGCCAGGUUGAUCAUGCAAGCGAUUGCUUUCGCCAUCGGGAAGCCUGGCGUCGCCAUGAACUCCCGCGACGCCGCAGAGCUGGCGAACCUGACUGCGCAGGUCGGCAGCGGCCUCGCGAGUUGCAUCGACAACGUGGGGCCGCGCGACGUCCAGAUGGCGGGCAAGGAGAAGCAGGCUGAGUGGUGGUCGACGCUAGUGAGUGAUAUGCGCAGGAACCAGCACGCGCUGAAGGACACCACGAAGCAUAGCCCAGUGGCCAACACGGAUGCCGCGACUACCCCUGACGUUGGCGCGGAUGCAGCUCACGGCGCCGAUGGCCCACUAUCCCAGUUCCAGGUCAAGUUGGAGGCGAACGGCGGCGAGGGCGACGGCGGCGUGCUUGCCUGCGACGGCGGGUCCAAUCAGCCUGGGUCCAAGCGUGAGCCCGACGCGCCUAAGAUGGCGAAGAAGGUUCAGGUGCUCGUGACCGAAACUGUCAACCUUGCGAGUUGCUACAGAUUCAGGAUGUCGGCGGACGAGGACCCGCCGCUGAAGAUCGACCUGACGAGCGAUGGCCUGCGCUUGCCGUUCGCUGGCGCGGGCGCCAAUCACCCGCCCAAAGACGGCAUCGAGCUCGGUGAGCUCUACGGCGCCCCGUUCUACGUGGACGGGAACGCGUCGCUCUUCUCGGAGAUCGCGCCCCCCGCCCGCGUGGUCAAGGUCGUCGAGAGCGACUCCGCCAUGGAGAUCUAUUGGCGCGACCUGCAGCUGAACAUGUCCGCGCCGGCGCCGCCAGAAGAAAACGGGCGCGAGCCAGUUCAU